GUUAUUCUGAACUGAGAUCAGUUGCUAAUAGGUACUAAUUUUAGUAAUUUUGCCAAAACGAAAGCCUCUUAGUAGAUCCAAUGAUGGCAAACUGAUAUUUCAAUUUCAGGUUAUGUAAUGUAUACAAAUUAAAAUAUUUGCGCGGUAAAAAAUGCCUAAAAUAAAAAUAGAUCAUAUAAUUAGCUUCAGCAGUGAAGAUUCCGUUCAUGUCGCUAGUAACAUUUUAUCAAGUGAUACAUCUAAAAAAUGGAAAUGCCAAACGCCAGGUGAGAAAAACGCGGUUGUGGUUUUACAAUUGGAAAAGGCCAGUCUUAUAUCUGGGAUAGACAUUGGAAAUGAGCAUUCGGCAUAUGUUGAAAUUUUAGUAUCACGGUCUGGCACAAACGAUGAAUAUAAAGUUUUAUUAGUAACAUCUUCAUUUAUGACUCCCAUAGAAGCAAGACAAAGCCAGAAUGUUAAUAAAGUAAGAAUGUUCACCAAGGAACAUUUUUCAAAACCAGAAUGUGACGAGAAAUGGGAUCGAGUAAAAGUUGUGUGUACUCAACCGUUUAAUAAACAUGUACAGUAUGGACUCUCAUUUAUAAACAUUCAUAGCAGUGAUGAAAAAAUGGUAGCACCUGUACAGACACAUAUUGGAAAAUUUAUUUUGAGACCUGAAUCACCUGAUAACUUGUCAGCUGGCAGUUUGUUUCAAAAACAGAAACAGCUAAAACAGGAAGAGAAAUUAACAGGAGCAGCUGCCAUAAGAGAAGCCUCAUCCUCAGCUUCACUGGCUCUUUAUGGUUCACCAGUUUGUAAACCCAAAUUGAAAACUCAUAAUUCUACACCAACUUCCACUUCCAAAAGAGAGUCUCUCACGGAUAACUCUGAAGAAAUGUCUAAGCCUCGAGACAGGAACGAGUUGCUUUACAGCAAAGAUGAAGAAGAACCUAAUGACAAAAUUGAUAAACUAAUGGAAAGAAAAGCUAAAGAAAAAGAGGUAAAAUUAGAGAAGGAAGGAACUCCAAAAGCAAAAUUAAAAGGAGAUGACUCAAAAAGGUCUAAUAAAAAAGAAAGUGGCAGUCCAAAGCCUUUAGACGUUUCCAUAAGUACACCUAGUACCUCAAAAAAGAAAGAAGACAGUAAAAACAAUAACCGUAAAAGGAAAACUAACGAUGAAAUAGUGAAAAGAAAUGGAAAGAAAAAAACUAAAAGAGAGGAGAAGACAAAACCUUUUGCACAACUACUGGAGGGUGUUAUACUCGUCAUAAGCGGGAUUCAGAAUCCCGACAGAAGUAAUUUAAGGGCACAGGCCUUAUCCAUGGGAGCUAGAUAUAAAUCCGAUUGGGACAACACUUGUACCCAUUUAAUCUGUGCUUUUAUGAAUACUCCUAAAUUUCAUCAAGUUAGAGGUAAAGGGAAAAUUAUAAAAAGACAGUGGUUAGAAGACUGUUACUCUCAAAGGAAGCGGUUGCCUUGGAGAAAGUAUGCUUUAGAUAAAAAUGACGCUGACAAAGAAGAAAGUGAAGAUGAAAUUUGUGAGAGAAUUGGUACAUCUUCAUAUAAUGUUGACCAGAAUAGUGAUUCUGACACUGACUGUGAUGAACGAAAUGAAGCUUCUGAUACUGAAGAAAGAGUAGCAAAAAUUCUGGAGGUGCAAGGAAAAAAAGGAAAAGAAAACCAUAAAGAUAUAUACAGUGCCGAUACUGAUGAAGAAAGUCCGGUACAAAAAAUGUCAUCAGAUUUUGCAAAUAAUUUGAAAAACAUAUUUAAUGACAAGAAAUUUUAUAUAGAUCAGUCCCUUGACAUGGAAAUUUAUAAUAAAUUGCUGAAAUAUAUAGUGGCAUAUAACGGAAAAUCAAUUGAUGAUCCUACAGAACACAUUGAUGUUAUAAUAACUCGAAGGGAGAGUAGUGAUUCGCUUAAAGAAGUAAAUCCUAGUGCAUUGUGCUUAGGACCUGAAUGGGUAUGGGACUGCCAUAAUUCCCAAAAACUUCUAUCUACAGAUGCCUAUGUCUAUUAGUAAACUGAAUUAAUUUGUUUCAUGUUUGUAAAAAAUUAAAUAUUUAUUUUUACUUGCAAUUUUUAUAAUCACAAAAAUACACUUUCUUUGUAUUAUUACCACUUUAUACUCAUGUUGUAAAUUUUCUCAUCAAUGAAAUAAAAAAUCAUA